AUGCAGUACUCAAAGCGAGCCAUUGUUGCCCUUGCACUCCUCAGCCCAGCAUUCACUUCAGGACUGGUUCUGCCAUGCAUCGCCGUCAGAGACAACAAUGCAGUCGCUGUGCCAGACUGUCCUCUUGUCUCGCGUCACCUGCCCGGUGCCAUGCCCGUCAAGCUUAGGGCCCGCCACGGCGGAGGAGGCGAGACAACCGAGGGCGGAGAAACCAGCGGCUUGAGCGGCACAGGAGGUGGUCCAUCUACCGGAACCGGGGGAACCGGUACUGGCGAAGAAGAAACUGGCACAGGAGGCACAGGCACCGGGGGAGGCACAGGCAUCGGGGGAGGCACAGGCAUUGGGGGAGGCACAGGCAUCGGGGGAGAGACUGGCACCGGGGGAGGCACAGGCACAGGCACCGGGGAGGCACAGGCAUCGGGGGAGGCACAGGCAUCGGGGGAGGCACAGGCAUCGGGGGAGGCAUAG